AGAGCCAAGGAGAAAAGAACAGAGAGGGACAAGGAAAGAGAGAGAGACACUGAGAGAGCCAAGGAGAAAGAGGAGUGGGUUGUUGGGAGGGGUAAAAAGUCCUCUGAUGGUGGGACUUCUGCCAAAGCUGCUGCCGAUGUUGAUGAUGAUGAUGAUGAUGCUGUCUCCAGUAGCAUGGGUUUCUCGGAGCACCUGGCCGUACUUCAGACAGAGCUAGACGCCCACCUCAGGGCAGAGCUCCCCUCCAGUGGCCGGUCAUCCACCGACUCUUUGGUCAUCAAGUCAUCACAGAAAUCUUUGGCCAAGCCGCCGCGGAAAUUCGGGGAGGAUCAGAAGAAAACAGUCCAGAGGCAGACCAGGCUAGACGGUGAGGCUCAGGAAGUCGCUGAGAGGUGGGACGUCCAGCCCGUGGACCGAGUCCAGCUCAAAGAGGAUGCUGAUGGUGGUCAAGGAGGCGAUGCUGCGGUCAGUGUGGCUCGAGGGGAGGAGGGGAGGACAGAUCCUGAGGCCACAGACGUACCAGAGAGGGAACGGAGGCAGGAGGGUCAGACGUCUAGUGAACAGUCGCUGGAUCCUUUUGAACCUGAGUUGUUCAAAAUCUCCCUGGAUAAACAAGGGAAGACGUUUGGAUUCACAGUUGCAGGUGGCAUGACCACUGGUGGGUGUUACAUCAAACAGUUGGUGGCAGAGCCAGCGGUCAGUGACGGACGGCUGCGGCCAGGGGAUAAGAUUGUCCAGGUAAAUGGACAAGACACGACCACGCUGAGCCACUUUGAGGCUGUCUGUCUGCUGAGAAAGAUUCCCGAUACUGUCACGCUGCACCUGUUGAGGUAUCCCAGCUCUUUAGAGACACAGGAGCGGCUGAGAAAACUUCAGGAUGAUGCGUUUGCCCUGACCAAGUCCCCAGCAUCAGACACCGCAGUCCUACCGGAAGACACUGCUCAUGCUACCGGGGAGGGAGGAGAGACUCAGAAAUCUGUCCGCGAUCUUGGCCGACCUGUCGGUACGCCCAAAGCAAUUAUCAAACCGUAUGGCUACCGGGGAAAAUCUGGCCAGACUGAAGUGGUAUCAGAGACUGAAGAUCCCCUCGAGCUGGCCAAACAGGCAAUGGAAGACCUGACGUUGAGCAGUGAAGACAGAGAAGAAGUCAGCCAAAAGAAUACAGAGCUCGCUGUAAUGAGAGUUGAGUUGAUCAAACCGGAUGGGCCUGGUACUUCCAGUCUCGGGCUCAGCCUGGUGGAGAGGGAGCUAGAGGGGCAGUCGGGCAUACACGUCAAGCGCAUACAGCCCCGCAGUCUCGUGGCUCAGGAUGGACGGCUCGCUGUGGGCGAUAGGAUUCUGCAGGUCAAUGGUAUCUCCUUCAUCGGACUGGGCCAAAAGGCAGCUGCAUCGGUACUCAGGGAACUCCGUGGGAAGCUGGUGCUCACAAUAGCCAGGUCUACCAGGAGAGGAGGAGCCAACCCUCCUGAUGGUGAGGCAAGCGGUGAGGACGGCAUCGAUGACAUGCUGGGUGUCAAAGAUGUGACUGACUCUGAUGAUGACAUCACAUCCAUGGCACAGGAGGCAGAGAGUCUGCUAGAGGAAGCAGGUGUGAAAGCGUCUGAGGGCAGCCGAACCGACCUGGGAGAGGGUGGCUACGCGUCCCCGAGACUUCUGUCUGUGGCCAGACCCGUGGUCCUGACGGAGCAGUGGGUCGACGAUUUGCCUCUGAUGUCGCAGCCGCCCGGGGGCAGGGAGGGAGAAGGCGCCGGCCACAGUCCCUCCAACGAAGCUGCCACCUACGCUAUCCAGGUCCUGCAGAGUCUGGCUGACCUUGUGGAGAGUGGGGAGCCUUAUGAGGAGUUCAAAGAUCUGCGACAAAUGAAAGAAGAGGACUCUAGUGAUGUGGGCAAACUGGCGGAGAACAAAAGCAAGAACCGAUACAGAAAUGUUCUGCCCUACGACAGUAACCGCGUGAGGCUGAGGGGCCAGGCCAGCGACUACAUCAACGCAAGCCACAUUUGCCUGGAGGUGGGCGACCAGCAGCACCGCGUGCGCUACAUCGCCUCUCAGGGCCCGGCGCCAGACACGGUCGGCGACUUCUGGUCCAUGGUUUGGCAGGAGCGGGCUGCAGCCGUGGUCAUGCUCACUCAGCUCUCGGAGGCCGGAAAGGUCAAAUGUCACACCUACUGGCCAGUCAGCAAGGAGGAGCCACUCCGCUUGGAUGAUGGGAGGCUGUGUGUCCGACUGAAGCGCAGGUACACAGUGGCGGAGAUCUGUGUGCUGGACAUGUCCCUGGAGGGCGGGGCAGGGGACCAGCAGGAGGUGACGCUGCUCCAGCUGAUGUCCUGGCCGGACCACGGGGCACCCGACACAGCCCUGCCCCUGCUUAAGCUCCUCCAAGUGAUGCACCUGUGUGAGAGGGGUGCACCAGCUGUGGUGCACUGCAGUGCGGGCAUCGGACGCACCGGUGCUCUCAUCGCCAUAGACGUGGCGCUCACAGCUAUAGGGCUAGGUCUGCAGUUUGACAUGUACAAAAUUGUGAAAGACCUGCGGAGACAACGUCAUGGAAUGAUUCAAACCACAGACCAGUAUCUGUUCUGCUACACUGCCUGCAUGGAGGCCCUUCUCAGUCUGGACUCAGAUGUCAAAUGAGGAACAUGUGGACACAGUCACCGCUCAAAGCUCGCCACACUCACUCACACACUUGUGACAUACACACUCACACACACAUUCCCACACAUACACACACACACACACACUCACGCACACACACACACUGAAACAAACUUUCACACCUUAUACACUCCCAGGCACGUGCGCACACUGACAAAGGCUUAUACACAUAACUGCCGUAAGCUGACAAAACGCCUUUUAAAAAAAA